GACGUCAUGUCAGGGAGAGCCAGCUAAGAGUGGAGACUCUUGUGACACUGCAAAGUUAAUUUUCUAAUGCGUUUUAUUCGUUUAAAAAUGAAGAAUGAAUGACAUAAACGUAUUUAUUUCACCAAGGAGUUAUAUUUGUUUACUUCCAUUUAAUAGGUGCUCAUAAUAAGAGUUAACAUUGGAGAUACUUAUAGUGUUUUACUAUCACUGUCGAUCACAUUUUUCAUUUUCAUUCAAUUAUUUGUGUCGCUUGGACUUGAAGUUGAAGAAUUGGACCUAGGCAUAUAAAUAGUGGGUCUACUACCAAAUUUUUGUGUACACUUCCUAAAGCGAUUAAUUAAGAAUUACUAAGGUCUAAUUGGACUUCUGUUUAUUUUGUGUGGCAUUUUCCAAUCCUUCUUUCAAUCAACAUUUUGGCUUUACAUUUUCAUAGCAUAAUUUGACUUUUGUGACUGAUACUGAUAAACAAACACGGAAGAUGGCAAAGAAAACAUACGAUUUACUUUUCAAGCUGUUGCUAAUUGGUGAUUCAGGAGUUGGGAAGACAUGCUUACUUUUCAGAUUUUCAGAUGAUGCAUUCAAUACAACAUUUAUAUCCACUAUUGGUAGGUCCAGGGUAAAUUAAUUAAAUUUUUAAAAUCAAAAUGCAAGAUUUAGGCCUAGUUUAGUUUAGCCUUAUUUUGGGUCUAGGACAGGACUAUUUAAAUUUAGGCUUUUACUGUCAAUACUUAAUUUACUAUUAUUGCUAUUUCUUAAUUUUUGACAGAUUUCCGAAAUUAUUAGGCCUAGGUUAUGGUACAGCCUAGUUUUUAAUUAAUUAAUUAACCUGCCAUAUUCAGUUGCCAAGCUAUUCCUAUACAAUUUAAUACAUGAUUUAGAAUCAGAAUGAAUUAAGUUUAAUUUAAUUUUUAUAAAGUCGUAGAUAGGCUCAAAGGAUUUAAGCUUUUAUUAACAAAAUUUGUGUACAAAUAAAUUUCAAUGUCAGGCUAUUUUGGCUGAUUUUAGACACACACACACACCCCCCCCCCCCCCCCCCCCCCCUCCUCCCCAAAUCUUAUACAUUUUAUCACACAAUUUAGAUACCCUAAUACUAAGACUAAUACAUCAAUGCAAAUUCGCGCACCCUCCCUUUCAGAUGUCUGACAUCAUUUGUGGAUGGUCCUCUAUGCUAAAUUGAAGCCCUAGCCCUAGCUAGUACUAAAAUUACUAUUGUUCUGGUUGUGCUAAAAAUAUUAAUAAAUAUGAAAUAUAAAUAUGUGUACCUAAGCUCCUUUUUUAGGAGAAACACACAAAAUAACCUUAUUUUUUUUGUCAGUUUUUAUUUUAAAAGAGGAAUAACCUCAUAAUGGAUAAUUUGUCACUUUAGUUCUUGUAGGUUUCUUAGGUUCCUGAAUUGUUUUUUAAUGGGACAGUUUUAUAAUCAAGACCCACUAUAAACAGAAUUAGACAAUACCAUAAUUUAAUGCAUUGAGUCAUUGAGCUCACAAGAGAUGGCAUUUUUAUAGUCACCUAUACUUAAAAACUAAAAGUAAAAUAAUGUUUGUUAAUUUGAAAAAAGAAAGUUAUCCCUAUUUUGAAAGUGUUCUGCUGUUUCUGUACAAAAUCAAAAAAAGUUGUUUACAGUUGUUGUUUUUUUACUACCAGGUAUAGAUUUUAAAAUAAAAACAGUGGAGUUAGGUGGUAAGAAGAUUAAACUUCAAAUAUGGUAAGUAAGCAUUUAUUUAGAAACAUUGCUUUUGAUAUUUAAUUGUAUUUAUUUGGUUGGGGGUGGGGGUAUUACAAUUAUUUCAAGAGGAUCAUGAUAGUUGAAUUAGGUCAGUUCGAUUGGCUGGAUUAGAACUUAAGGAAUAAGUUGUUUUUAGUCCAUUCCAAAAUUGAAUUUUCAAAUUACUUACUUGAGGCACCUUUUAGAAAACCCUGGCAUAAGGCUAAGGGCACAUUAAUAGCUUAUUAUAAAGAAAGAGAAAAGUAUUUUAAUCUUUGGCUUUAGAACUUCAAAUUUGUUUGUUAAAUGUAUCUAAUUUUUUGAAUGGCAGCAGCUGAUACAAAAAAACCCAAAAAAAAACAACUUAUCUAGUGGGACUGCUAUUAUUUCACACCGGAUUAAAAUAAUUUAUUAAUUCAAACUGUCAAGCAUUGGAGUGACAUAUAUAAAAUUUGAUUAGUCUUCUAACAUUAUUUGAUCGCAAUUUCAUUGAAGAAUAGUAUUCUCAAAAUCUUUAUUCGGAGUUAAGCAAAGGCAUCAAAGACUAUAUUGAUUUAUUUAAUCCUUACAUAAUCUACUGUAACCAGAUACCCAGUCACAUUUCCUCUUAGGGUGAAGUAACUUUCUUAGCACAAGUUGGAACAGGAUGAGUGCAAUUAACCAGAAUGCAUCUAUAUUUAAAAUAAAUGAAAAUGGAUCUCUAUUACUAAAAAUCUAAUUCAUAUCUAAUCUAAAUAUACAGGGACACUGCAGGACAGGAACGCUUCCAUACCAUUACCACUUCCUACUACCGCGGCUCCAUGGGCAUUAUGUUGGUCUACGAUAUCACAAAUAUAAAGACUUUUGACAACAUUUCAAAGUGGUUGAGAAACAUUGACGAGGUAAAUGUAAUGUAGUUUUUUUGGGUUCCAAAGUUUGACCAAGUGGCUACAUGUGUUUGUACCUUUCAUCAUGUACUGGGUAAAAAUAAUGUUACAAAAUAAAUUGUAUACCUUUAAUUAUUAUGUUUAAUUUUUUUAUUCCAUUGUGUCAUAUAAGGCUUCCACUCCUAAUUUGUUUAAAGUUUAAUAAACUGGAAUUCAUGCAUUAGGGCAAUUUGGGGAAACAGCAUUUAAUGUGUAAUUGCAUCAGAAAAUACUAUCCCAAAAUGGAAGCUGAUAACAUUAUAUAAAACUUUAAAAUGUAAUGGAUUUAAAAAAGGCCCAUGAUAGUGCAAGCUAACAGCUUACAGUAUGCUUCUGUUUAGGCUUCUUAUAUUGAGUUCAUUAAAUGCUUUGUUGAAUAAAUUUUUAAAGUGUGUUUGCUCUUUGAUUUCUUAAACCUGGACUUGCAACUUAUCAGUGUUUUUGUUACACAAAAGUCUUGUGGGGAAAGUUGUGCCCACUAUUAUCCCUAUGACCUGAACUAUGGGUUGAAACAAAAGUGGCACUUGAAAACUCUCCUUAUUGAUUGUCUUUAAUAUUUAUGAAAAUUUCAAUAUAAUAGUGGACGCUUAUAAUUAUUUUUAUAUUAAUAAUAUAGUCAAUAGUCACUUCUCUUGCUUAAUGCAGACAUUGAACAAGCAUAUUUGAUGUUAUCUAAUUUCAAAAUAAGAUAGCAGCUGUGAACAUUACAUAGCAUUACUUUACAUUUUUUUCUGCCUUGGACUGUUUGUGCUGGCCGCAAACUGAAUAGCUGUUUUAAUUCUUUCUUUACAUUGUGUGUUGUGUCUGUAAUUCUUGUUCCAAGAAGUUGAACCUAAAGAAAAAGCUUUAUCUGGAAAUAAUUUAAUGAUUACUUAGUUCAGAGUAGUAAACAAAAUUCUAUUUAUACACAAUUAAGGCUGAUUGAACUGGUUCCUUUAAAAAAAAAAUUAAGUUUGCAUCAGUUGCCAAAAAAGAAAGUCAAGUAGAUGCCUAUAUUUUAAGUGUAAUGUUGAAAUGAUUCUAAAGAAUUUUUAAUAUUGAGAGUACUAUUGGAGUAAUACAUAAGUUUGUAUUUGUUUUUUUUAUUAUCAGCAUGCAAAUGAAGAUGUAGAGAAGAUGAUCCUUGGUAACAAAUGUGACAUGGAUGAUAAGAGACAAGUUCCAACAGCCAGAGGAGACGCAGUAUGUUAAGUCUUUAUGUUAUGGGAUAGUUCGUGGCAGUUUUUUUUUAACAUUCGGAAUUUAUCCUGGCUGUUGUAAGACCAAAGCUAUAUUUAUUAAAAUUAGCAUUUUUAGUACGACCCUAUAUGUAUCUGCUACAUCUAAGUCAGAAGACAUGCAUCUAUAGCAUUGCAACACGUGGUUGACUUUAAUGAAAUUGUUCUCACACUGUGGUCUGCAGACUGAUAGGUGUUGGCCAAAAACAGUGAUGUGACAUUUCCAAUUUUUUGGGGAAGAAUUGCAAUGUUUUCAUCAGACCUAGAAAAUUGAAAUAAUGAUAAAUAAAACUUUUUGCCAAACAUUAUUUUAAUUAAUCAGAAUUUGCCUGAAGUAAAAUAAAAUGCAUGUUUAAAUUCUAUAAGAAAUAGGCUGAAAGAGAACAUGGGCAACUAAUAGUUUUUUUUAAAAAAGGAUAAAUAAAAUUAAAAGUUAAUAUUUUAUUGUUGAAACAAUAGUAAAGUGAAAAAGUUGAUUGUGGUUAAAAUACUUAUAUUGGUAGAUAACUCUUGUAUAAAUUAUUACCUGCUUGUGUCUAGGGAUUUUAUGUUUAGAUUCAAAUCAACCACAAAAUAGUCCUCAUUCAUAUGCACUUAUAUAUUAUAUAUACAAGGAUGAAAAGUCAAAUGCUUAUAAGAAUGGAUUAGAUCAAUGUUUACAUAUAAAAUUUACAAUCAAAGUUCUAAUGACUAUGGAUAUUGCCCUCCCGUAAUAACCUAACAAUUCAUCAUCAUUGUGUUUUACUUUGUAGUAUGAGAGAUAUGUUAUGACUGUUUACAUCUUAUCUUAUCAAUAUUAUAAUAAUUGAUGAUCUGGAUUGAUCGAUCAGUACACAAGGUCACUUCUAUGGUGGAAGUGUAAACUCCUCUCCUUGCCUUUGAAAGUUCUCAGGGCGGGGACAGAUGUGGACUGUACAGCUGUAUGUUGUGGAACGGCCUUUCCCGCUGUAUGUUUUUUGCUGGACUUUCCAGCAUUAUGAUGUCAUUGCACAGUCUUAAAAACUCGCAGUGAUAUUCAGUGUUUGAUAGGCCGAUGUGUACCAUUGGUCAUAAAUAAACAUCUACUGUAUGGAUAACAUCAUUUAUCCUUACCAUUGCCAGCACAUGCAUGUAUGGCUAGCACUGAUUUUGGGCAAAGGAUUUUAUCAAUCAAAAUAACACAAUUUAAUCAUUAUAAAAUAAUAUAUAUAUUGAUAAAUGUAUCCCCCUGUCUUAUUGACAAGUAACUUGGGAUAACAAAUAUCUAAAAUCACUUCCCCAUCUUUAAGAUGGGAUGAAGUUCUAAAAAAAAAAACCUCAAAUGGCCACCACAUGUCCAGCUUGGAGUAUCUUGGUGAAUAUAAAUGUUCUUGAUGCAAAACUUAUGAUCAUACUUAUUAAUAUCUUCAAUAUUGAUCAAAGAUCGACAUGAUUAAAGCAAUAUAAUUUUAAUUCAUAGUAUUAAAAUGUCUUAAAGUAAAACAAUAGAAGUCAUGAUUUUCUCACACAAAGGAUUCGCAAGUAGUAGUGAUCUGAUCAUUGUGCUUGGUGAGAUGAAAAGAAUGAACCUCAGUCCCAUGUGGAGUAUAUUAAUGGUGGGAUAUUUAUCAUUGGCUGACCUUAAUCUUGAAUAAGUGUAUAAAAAAAUCUACUGAGUUUAACUCACUCAAGGCAUUGGUUUGGGGGGGGGGGGGUGUUACUGCAACACAAUGAUAACAUGGUUGAACACACUAUGUGAGCCAAGCCAAAGAAGACAAUAAAGAAACUGGGGGAAGAAUAACAAGGUGUGGUACUUUAUCAGAGUGUUUAAAAUUUGAGUGUGCGGUCUGAUUUCAUUGCAUUGGUUUUGUUUACUUUUUAAAUAUUAAGUUACAUAUCUACAGCUGUACAUUUUAUUAUUUUUAAAUUGUAAUAUUUUAUGCAAUAGGCUUUGGCAAUAAAGUCAAUAAAAGUCAAUUCUUUUAAGUUUGUAACAAAAAAAUAAAUUAAGAUUUAAUAGGAAAAUUUAAAAAGCCAAGGAAAACAAAAUAAAAUACUAUCUUGAGGUUUAGGCACUUUAAAUUGAUUCAACUUAGCGCUAAACAUACAAAAAUAUUCUAAAGCUAACAAAAGUAAUGGUAAGUUGUUCCAUCAGUUUCACUAAAGGUACAUAAUGUUUCCUUAUGCUGUUUACCAAUUUGUUGAGUUUUCAAACGUCUUAUAAUUUUAAGGUUGAAAUAGUUAAAAGCAUUAAAAAUUAUGAAGUUAUGUAAUUGUUGUAUAGUAGUUAUUUUUUCAAAUACAUGGAAAAUAAUCAUAAUGCAAAAUAUUUAUGUAAAUGAAAACCCUUCUAAAGAAAUGUUUAUAUGGAGUUUUCAUUCACCAGAUUGCAAGAGAACACAACAUACCAUUCCUGGAAACCAGUGCUAAAGCCAAUAUCAAUGUGGAAAAGGCAUUUAUGAACUUGGCACAGGCUAUCCUCAAUAAGGUUGGUUAAAGAAAUAUCUAUUAAACCUGGAACUGUAUGGUCCUCAUUAACGUAUUGUGCUCACAAAUUAAAGAUUGAUUUAAUUUACAAAACAACUGAUUUACGCUUUUGAUGACAGUUAUUGAAUGCUUAGUGUUUGAAAAAAGGGUUAAUGUCACCAAUUUUAUUUUCCUUAUGUUGGCUAAUUGGUUUGAUUUUUCCUGUAAAAUAUGUGUCAAUUAUUUAUUUUAUUGUAAGAUAUUGAUUUAGUCAAAUGUAUGCAAUAAGAUUUUUGUUUUGUUUUCUCAGACCCCAGGCAGAGUGUCAGAACCUAGUGGGGUUAACAUAGGUCAGCAAGACACAAGCUCCAAGCGAUGCUGUUGAUAUGUGUGCAGGAACAAUGUCACCGGGCUACACACCACCGUAUUUCUCACUAUCCUCUCUGCUCCCUCUAAUUACUAUUGCUUUCUCUUCUUAUCCUGAUCAUUUCUUUCUGUCCAAGGUCUUUUUACCUCCCUGUAGAAAACAAUUUAUAGAAAUAGCAAAGUUGGAAAGACCUUUUGAAAGCUGUAGACAGUCUAUACAUUCAGGUGAUUUUUUUUCUUCUUCAAAUAGUGGUUAGCCUCAAAUUGUAUUUGAUAGGAUGACCAAGAGCAAAAUUUUGUUUAUUGUAAAUACAGUAGUGCAGUACUUGAAAUGGAAAAAUAAUUCCAGAGUUGAAACAGCGUGACUUGAACUGUUACACAUUUUUUUACAAAUUAUAUUUUGUACAAUGUUAACUGACUCACUCAAUCCCUCAAUGAAUAAUUAUUAAUGACUUAAUUGAAAAAAAAAAAAUUUAAGGCAUUUAUGAUAAACUAAAAGUUACAAUUUAAUUUAGACACAAAUUAAAAGACAGAGGUUACCCAUGUUCCUUUAGAGCUUAAUCUUUUAGAAAAAUGAAACUUAAAAGAUAACCUGCCAGCUCCUGGUCAAAUGCAAUGGUGUAGAAAGAAUAAUAAAUUCAUAUUUUUCUACUGUUAGCUUUUUUAAAACACUCACUCAGAUCUCUGGUUAAAUUCUACAACAAUUUUAUUUGAAGAUUUCAAAUCCGGAAUCCAGCCAGAUAUGUUUCAUGCUUUCUGUGUUACCAAGAUUACUUCAAUAGCUUAGCCUCAUGUCCAUUCACACACAGAAUUAUCUGCUAUCAUUGGUUGUAGUUAUGCAUUAUCAAGGCCAGAAAUUUUAUUUCAACAAUGUGGUCGUGUUUGUAAGAUUUUUUUUAAAAAUUAACUUUUUAGAUGGGGCUUGUGUGAAACAAGGAUGUGUAUUAUCUUUAUAUGAUAAUUAUUCCUGUCGUAUGUGUGCUUGGUGUCGGGUGAAAUUAUUUCAAAAAUGAAAUAUGAGCAAAUGGUUUUAAAUGUGAUGAGAGAUUAAAUAUUAAUGUUACUGAACCAUUUUGGGCCUGUGACAGCACUCUUUUUCAAAAGCUGUUCAAAUUACAUUCUUUAUUAUUUUAAAAUAUUUUAUUUUUAAUUUUCCAUUGAAUUGUUCUGAUUUGAAAGUGGCUGUUAGUUUUAUUAUUGAUGCAGACAUUUUUUAAAACUCUACUCAUUAGUAGAUCAUGUUUUUGUAGAGUUAUAAUUUUAUUAUUUUUUUUGGAAACUUGUCAUUUUAUUGUAUGUAAACAUUGCUUGUUCAUCACGACAGUAAUAGAUAUCAAUUUUAAUUGCAUUUGAAGAAUGAGAGUUUUUUUUGUAUUUUUUUUUAAAUUCAGUGUUUCUAGAACAAUCAAUCAAAAACUAUAUAAAGAAAUCAUUAGAUAUUAUCAAUAUCAUUUCGGCACGUUGAGAAACUUUGUUUGUUUCUUUAGGUUUUCAAUGCCUUGGGGCUGAAGUAAAAACAAUCCAAAUGAUGAGUAAGGACAUUACUAUAUAAAAUUGUCAAAAGUUGUUUUUUUCUCCAUAAGCAAAAGUAAGUUAGUGCAAGUGAAUGUACAGAUAAGGACAGUUAUCUUUGUGUUCAUUUCUGUCAUCAGUGCUUUACUUUCUGUUUCCAGUGCCGUAUAUUUGUUAAUGGAGCCACUGAUUUAGUUUCAAAGUGUAUGCAUUCAUUUAACUUUUUGGGGGAUAUUUGUAGUUACUUGUUUUGCCAAGAGAUUCAGAUUUUUGGUUAUGCAUGGUUCAAAAAGGUUUAUUUACAGUUACAGAAUGUACUAUUAUAUUUUAUGAAAUAUAUUAAAAGCAGUCAAGUGUAUUUUUUUCAUAGCUAACUCAUUAAAUUUGUUCCAAAACUGGAACAUAUGUGCCUUUGUGUUAUGUUUUAUAAAUUUUGCUGAAAUUUAUUUAGUUUUAAACUUAGUACUGGUAUCUUUAUAAUUUAUUUAGAAGACAGGUUUUUUAAUAUUUUUUUUAAAGAGAAUUGCUUGCUUUUUUCCCUUGCUGUUAAUGAAAUUUAAUUUUUAUUAGCUAAUCACAAUACCGGUACCAGUAAAAAAUAUGGUUUAAGUUUUUGAUUAAUUGGUCCAUGAAGACUCAAAAUAAAACUGUGGUGAAAAUAUGCAUUUAAAUUUAUGAAAAGGAAAGAGAUGUUUUAUUUUAAAAAAUGCAGUAUCCAUGUUUGAUAGUAGGCUGAUAAUGAAAUGUACCAAAAUGAAAUUAUUUUGACAGUAUUUAUUUAACUGUUGAAGUAAUAAAAAAUAAUCAUAUUAAAAAACUUUAAAAAAAUACCGGUCACCUUGAAAUUGAAACCUUUUUUUUUCUAAAAAAGUAAGCUGAAAAUAUCACCUUUGGCAGAAAUUACUGUAAUGAAUUCAAUGUCUAAUUGCUUAACAGUUUCUGUUCUUAUGUAAUGUUCACACUAGGCCUUCAGAAAGUAAUGGCUUUUAUCAUUUGUGUUCCUUUGUAUUUAUUUUGUUUCCAUUUUAACUAAUAAAUAAAUCCAGCAUAUGAGGCUUUCUUCAGUUUUAAACUUAUGUUCCUUGUAAAAUUCAUUGUUAUAAAUUGUACUUAUAUGAAAAGCAAUUACACAAAAUGUAAUUGAAAAAGAAUUUAUCUCAUUAAUUUUUAACCCACAAACUGUGGCAUGCAUCAUUCUGUGGUGUGGAGCUUUUCAGAGCGUUUUGAGUGCCAUUUG